GUCCCUCUUCGCCUGCCGUCCGUGGAUUAAAGUGUCAAAGCGACAAAAACAUCAAGCGCGACGCAGCAAGUAUGCCGCAUAAUUCCGGCCCCAGGCCACAGUCUUAAGUGCGCGUUUUCCGAAAACAUCAAGGAUCUUCACGGCGAGCUGUUCGACGUCUGUCCGGCGCGUGAAUCCGCUCGGAAGAGGCGCGUGAAGGACGCUAGGCCCAGCGCGCGCGCGCGUGUUGUGUGUUUAUGAUGGAGUCGUGGGUGAGAUUCAGCGCGCAGAGUCAGGCCAAAGAGCGCGUCUUCAGGGCUGCCCAGUAUGCCUGCACUCUGCUGGGAUACACGCUACAGAAGGGAGGAGCCAGACCAGAUCUGCUAAACACCAUCAAACAGCUGGAAGCUCACAUGAGCCUGACCAGAAAGUUGAUGCGGUUAGGGAACUCGGCCGAAGCUCUGGAAGCGGCCAAGCGCACCGUGCAUCUGUCAGACUGCGUGCUGCGGCUCUGCAUCACCGUGGCUCAUUUGAACAGAGCCAUGUAUUUCGCCUGUGAUAAUGUACUGUGGGCCGGCAAGACAGGACUGCUGCCCGAACUCGACCAAAACAAAUGGAGCCAGAGGUCGUUUAGAUACUACUUGUUCGCUCUGAUCCUCAACCUGACGCGGGACGCGUAUGAGAUCCGUCUGCUGAUGGAGAGAGAGUCCCGCAGCAGUUCAGCUAAAAGCUUAAUCUCCAGUCCGUCUCCGCUCACGCCGAGCCCAGAGAACGGAGGAGAGUUCCCUCUGACCCCGUCGCCCUCCUCGGUGCCCUCUCCCCUGCCGGCCCUCCCCAUGAUCUCAGCCAGACUCAACAAGCAGCUCCAGCUCCUGAUCACGGUGCUGCGCAACAACCCUCCUCUGCUGCUGGACCUGCUGAAGAACCUGUGUGACGUCUUCAUCCCGCUGGACCGGCUGGGCCUGUACCCCACGGGCUCGGGCUUCGUGGGGGCCUGCGGCCUCGCCUCCUCCGUCCUGUCCAUCCUCACUAUAGUGCACCCCUGGCUCAAACUCAAGCCCUGAGCGCCCGGGCGAGGACUAGCUGUCCUGUGGCUUUCCUUCCGGAGCUCGUGUUCAUUCCGCUUUCACCGCACGUUCGAAACCGUUUCUCCUGCGUGUGGGAAAACUGAAAACAAGAUGCGACCUGUUCUAAUUAAAACCAGUAAUUUAAGUCUGAAAACGUCCUCGUCUGGCCACACAAGUCAUUUGUUUCCCCGUGGGAUGCUGUAGUUUUCACAGUGCUCUUGCAGGUCAGCACUGAAUCAAUGAAUCUCAUGAAGAAACGUCAGGUUUACAUUUCACCCCGAAAUCAAUAGAGAAUCUACUUAAAUUAAAUCUAAUGCAUCAAAUAUGUGACCUUUACAAAUGUACAUUGCAAUUUUAAAUAAUUGUAUUUUAGUGAUGAUAAUAUAGCUUUGCUAGAUUCAAAAUGUCACAGCACAAGAGUAUAUAUAUAUAUAUAUAUAUAUAUAUAUAUAUAUAUAUAUAUAUAUAUAUAUAUAUAUAUAUAUAUAUAUAUCUCUUUAACCGCUUUUUUGGACCGUUUUGAACAUUGCUCAUCAAACAUUGCUGAGUUCAGAGAUGGUUAUUGUUAAAAAUGUAAUGCUUCAUCCAAUAGAUUAUUUUAAAAGCCACAUCUUUGCGCGAGGCUGUUUCUUGUUGUGAACCUCUAGUAAAAACCAGUAGCUUUCAUUUUUGCAGUGAUUAAUAAUUUAUGAACCAAAAAACGAUUUGGGGAAUGGGGUUAAGAAUUAAUAUGUUGCUACCUACAUCACUGACAGACCUAUAAUGCAGAUCUUUUUUUUUAGGCGUGCAUACACGACCUGUGGAGUUUUACUCGACGUAACCAUGUUUGGAAACUUGUUGAAUGUUAAUGCUAUGCAUCACCGGGGUCACUGAGAGUGACACGAUGGAGCUGUGAAUCUAACUUUUGAAAUAAAUAACGCCUUGAAUUUUA